AUGUCACCGACCGAGUUGUCCGCGCCGCUGUGCUCGGUCUUGGCGACCGUCGUCGUCUUGGCUGUCGUCAACGUCGGCGUCGCCACCGCCGCCGUGACAAUAAACGUGACCCACUUGUGUGGCCUACCGGUGGACGUCGCUGGCCGCAAACCGCAUCACCACCGUGUGCCGCCCCGGCCACCGUCACUCAUCAAAGCGUCUGACGCUACAGCCGUCGUGUCCAGGACGGCGACCGACAAGCAAACGACCGUGCUGUUCGCCGUCCGAAAGCCGUGGAUGACGUUCGCGGUGUCCGGCCACACCAACGUACUGUCCGACGUGGCCAACUUAACCGCAUCCGACCGGACGGUGGCCAUUCCGUCGCCGCUGCAGCGGUUUCCCAGCGCCAAGUACGGCGAAAACGUCAAGCUGGACCAGCAGACAAUGUCACCGGAUUUCGGUAGCGAAGACGGUGGCGGUUUCUUCGGAUUAGGUUUUGUCGUCGGCUCGGCGGACGCCGGACUCAGAGCCGUCGGAGUCGCCGAAUCGCUGGUUAUGUGGCAAGCCGUGUCAGCCGAGCUUGUGCUCGACCUCAUCAACAACCCAUACGACUGGACAACAGUGGUGAAAAAAAUAUUGCCGUACGAAUGGCCGUUAAUGGUGGUCUGCUUUGUAAUGCUGUUAAGCGGUUUGUUGCUCACUCGGUAUGGCCUGUAUUGGCAGAGGCGUUACAAAGAAGCAAAGUGGCUGGGCGACACCGGCUGGGAGUCUGGUUGCAAAAAAGGAGUACUAGUUGUUGCUGUCCAAAUUCUCUUGCUCAUGCUUGGAGCUGGCGCUUGUGGUCUUGUUGUGACCAACGAAACCAUGGGAUCGGCCGUGUUCGGUGUCGGUGAUCUUUUGGAGUAUGGAGUCGGUGACUUAGUGGAUAUGUUCUCGGUGACUCAGAAGCAAAUCAGAACGAUUGCCGUAGGCUCGAUGGACUCUACGACUGAUGCUGUUUUCGCGAAACUCGAUGACAUAGCUGAACAAUUAGGAGGAUCUAUCGAAAAUGACAUUUAUGGAUCCGGACACAAGUUCAGUUCACGGACCAACGUUUCUAAAGUAGUCCAAGAUUUCCAGAAAAUAUUUCCAAAGGCGAAGGAUGUGAUCGUGCAAGCCGAACUAGUGAGAGACGAAUUGAUCACUUAUAACAGACAAGUGAUCGAACUUAACGCUGAACUUCAGGUAGUGCCUGAAAGAUGUUCUCUCGACGUGUCAGUUAUGUGCGAUAUGAUCUCCAAGAACAGACUGCAAGCCGAGAACUUAACUUACUUGGAUGAUUUGAUUAAAGCGGUCAAAGGAGUUUUAGAAGUAGAAAACGACGGGUUGUCCAGUCUUCCUUUGUCGUCAGCCGAGAACGCCAACAUCCCAAAGGCGGUGUACGACCAGACAGAAAGAGAAAGAUGGCGAAUAAAACAGUCACUGAUGGAUCGUCGACGUCAACUGGAGUUCUCGAUCUAUCCUUACGAGAGUCACACUCGUAAACUCGUUUCGAAACUAAUGGACAUGAAAGAGCAGGCGAACAAUUAUAUGGGUCAGUUGAAGCAAAUGGAGUCGUACAGGUGGUCCGUCGGUUUAGGAAUAGCAAUAACUGCUCUCGUGGUGUGGCUUUUGUUGGCCUGUAGCAUCGUGGUCAACUAUUGUUCGGACGCGGUUUGGGCGAAGUGUUACUUUUUCGGUUGUGUGAGCGCUAUGAGGCUAACGAGUCUGGUGUUGUGGUUGGCCGCGCUCGUAGGUUUAAUAGUGAGCAGUAAUGGUGAAGCCAACGUUUGCCGGGCCUUGUACGACGAACCUUCGUACGAGACGGUUUCCAAAAUCAUGGACUACCCGGCUUUAACGAACGAGCACGGUUUCUUUUCUUGGUUUGUUUUCGGCAACGACACGCCCACGGCUUCGUUCGGCGAAGUUAUAGAGGCGUGCAAAGCCAAUCGAACGGCGUACUCGACCUUUAGCCUGAACAAAGUGUACAACACCGAGGCAGGUUCGGACUAUACGAAAUGGCCGGGUCUGAUGGACGGCCUCGAGAGUCUGAAAAUGAAAAAAAUUCGUGUUAAUUUGGACGGAGACAAACCCGUGUCGACGGCCGAUGCAUUAAAACCGAUCGCAGAGUCUAUCAACUUGGAUUUUCAAAUGUUUCGAAGUCAGAUUUUAGCUUCGUCUUUAGCUCACGGCAGAGUGACGUUGCUCCGUGAUCAGCUGAACGCACUUCUAACGCAAACGACAACGUUUUCCAACGUAUUUAAAACGACACUCAAACGGGUGGUGGGGAACAUCUCGGACUUGGUGGACACAGUGAUGAACCCUAUGGGGCAAAACAAAAACGUGUUACUGUACCGGAUAACGCUGAUGGAGGUCGAAAUGCAACCGCUGUCGGAAUCGUUGAACCGGACGUGGGCAAAAGCGUACACGAGAAUUGAACACACGGACUUUGAUGAGAUCCUGCGAAAGAACAUGGUCCAGUACGUGAAUAGCAUUAAGUCGCUGUUUGACAAAUACAAGUCACACGUGACGGAGUCUAUCAAAACGGAAGCAGCAUCGUGUAGACCAGUAUGGAACGUGUACAGGAUUGGAAGGGAUUUGAUUUGCCGACAGGCCUUUGACUCUCUCAACGGAUUUUGGGUGAUAUGUUUCGUCAUUGCCAUCUCGAUCACGGCCGCCAUACCGGUGGUGAAGAAUCUGAACAUUUUCCAUAAAUCCCCUUUGUCGUCUAUGUCGCUUUACACCAUACCACCGCCGCCUUCGAUGGAUCUCAUGUGUACAAAUAGCUAGUGCGCAAAUAGAUAGUGAUUAGUGGAUGACACUUAGAAAAACAUUUUAUUAAAUAUACUGAUGACAACUGUGUAUAGUAAUAAUACAAUACUCGGAGCUAUACAUUUAUUUAUUUAGAUACUCGACUUGAUUAUGUUUCUGAUUUUCCACUAGCACUUGGAAACGGGAAACUUUAUUACAACUGUAAUUGUAUUUUAAGUAUUUUUAAUUGCUUUCGGAAAGACUAAAUAGUUUAUAUUAUCUUAAAAUUUUUUUCUUACGAUAAUAAUAUGCAAGUUAAUAGUAGGAGAGUUUAAUUUUGAUUUAUCAAAACGUGAAUCUUUUUAUUUAUAACAAUAAUUGAAUUUAGUGAGAGGAAGUAGGAGUCAAUCCUAAUCAUAUUAUUCCAUAAUAACUCGGCUAAUUCAAAUAUUAUUCACAGCACCAAAAAUGAUAAUACUUACAUAUUAAGGUAUUUUACUAGGGUUUGGCGGAUUUAUUUAUUUAUAUUAAUUAUUGUUGCAAAUUUGUCGCAAAUCGUCGUGUCCCACCCUGUAGUUUGGCCUUAAAAAUCAAACGUGAAUCAUAUUUGUGAGCUUUCAACGCGACAUAGGUUUAUUAUGUUGCCAAAUAUCUACAACCCACUAUGCUCGUUGGUAUUGAAAAUGCGAACAUAUAAUAUAAGUAUAUACACACAAACACACAGUUGAUCAGUUAUACUGAUAAAUGGUACGUUUGGACUGCAUAAAAAUAGUGUCGAAUAUGCGUUGAACAGAAUACAGCCAAACACAUGUAUAUAAUUUUAGUUCUUCACACGGAAAAAAUACGAGUUUCCCUUUUUCGAAUCAACGUUAGUAUAGUACAUUAGCUUUAUACCGUCGUCAAUUUAAAGCGAUUUGGCUUUGCUGCUCAGAAAACGACCGGAUUGUCUGAUAACAAUCCCAUAAGUUUCCUAAUUCAUCCAAACUCUAAGACUCUACUUGCAUAAUCUAUCCCUUCUAUACCUUAAGUGGUAACGGAUAAUAAUAAUUAUACUUAGACUUGUGUUCCAAAUUAUAAUAUUUUGGUCAAAGACCUUAUUACAUUUCGCCCUGGUCUUUGGCCGAUCUGAUAAACAGCUGGCUUGUUUUGUUUGCAUAGGCGCAAUUUAAAUUUUAAAAAUGAGGGUGCUAAUACUCUCUAAGCCCCCCAAUUGUGCCUAUGUUGGUUUGACACGUCAAAGGUGGUGUUAGUAUUAUUCUUUUAUGUUGUCGUGAUGAUCAUUUAUAUAUUUUAUGCUUUUAAUUAAAUGAAAAGUUUUGGGAUAUUCUUGAGGAAAACGGGGAGGGGCGUUGCAAAAAUCCACCCUCUAAGAUUGAAAUAAAAUGUCCACAUUCGCUGAAAAUCUUUUAAAAAUAAAAGACUACUCGAAGCCGUUAUUAUUUAAAACAAAUUAUAUUUUAUCAAGUCAAUGAAUGAUCAGUGUUGUUAUUCUUCGGUUUUUAUAUUAUAGCUAAAACAAUUUCUGCAAAGUUCAAGGUUGAACAAACUAAUUAGGUAUUAUUAUUAGUUGUUUUACUAAAA